GUUGAUUAAUAAAUUAAGUCUUAAUAUUUGUUGAUAUUCCACCUGGAAAGGGUGGACUGCGGAGCAACAGGUUUUCUUCUUGAGCACGUCUUUUGGGGCUCUAUAUAUUCUCACCCCUUCUACCUAUUUCUUCUCUUCUCCCUCCCCAUUUCGCCCCACUCUUUCCAUCCCGGUUCUCUGCUUUCCUCGGUUUCAUCACCAACUCUAUACCGCUUCAAGGUGAUUCGGCUCCAGAUCGAUAGAUAUAUUGACCAACAAUGUUCUGCUUAGUUUAAAUGCGGUGUGUCUUUGGAGAUGAGAUUUUUCAGAGCCUCUGCUUGAUGGAUUGUUCAACCAGCUGCAGUGAUAAGAAAACAUUGAAAAAGUGGUUUUUCAUUGAUAAAAGGGUUGGAUAAACAAUUUUGUACACUCAUCUUAUUAGCUUUUUAGAAACAUAAAAAAAAACUGCUUGAGAAACAUUAGGAAGUGGUUGACACCUAUGGAAUUGAAUUCAGCAACGGCUUCUCCUGUUAUUACUACUGACCCUUCAGCACUAAACAAGUCAAGGCUGGGGAUUCAUCCUGCUGCUGUGUUGCCUUAUUCUCAAUCCGCUGCACCAUUCGCCACUGCCAUGCUAACGGUUCCGGCUCGGAAGAAACCUGGAAAACUUGAUGAUGUCCGGUCCAAUGGUUGGCUCGAUGCAAUGAUUUCUUCUUCACCUCCUCGAAAAAAGAUGGUGAAGGACUUGAGCGUUGAGGCUGUUAUUGAUGAUGCCGAUGUUGAAUAUGUUUGUUGGAUGAUCAAGUAUCCGUCAGCCCUUAACUCGUGUCAGUGCAUUCUUAACAAAGCGAGGAAUAAGAAGAUCGUGGUAUUUUUAGACUAUGAUGGAACUCUUUCUCCAAUUGUAGAUGACCCUGACUGUGCUUUUAUGUCCGAUGACAUGCGUGCUGCCGUAAAAACCACAGCAAAGUAUUUCCCCACAGCAAUCAUCAGUGGCCGAAACCGUGAUAAGGUUUAUGAAUUGGUAGGACUAACUGAAUUAUAUUAUGCUGGGAGUCACGGCAUGGACAUCAUGUUUCCCGCCAAAGGCAAAGUGCCUUAUACCCAUGCCAAUUGCAUCAAGUCCACCGACCAACACGGUGAGGAAAUACAUUUGUUCCAGCCUGCUCGUGAAUUCAUACCAAUGAUCAAGGAGGUUUUUAAAACCCUAACUGAGAACACUAAAGAUAUUAAGGGUUCUAAGGUUGAGAACCAUAAGUUUUGUGCUUCUGUUCAUUAUCGUAAUGUAGAUGCAAAUAGUUGGCCUGCAGUUGCUCAAAUAGUGCAUGACAUCAUGAAAGAUUACCCUAGACUUUGUCUCACUCAUGGACGGAAGGUUUUAGAAAUUCGUCCUAUAAUCGAUUGGAAUAAAGGAAAAGCUGUGAAUUUUCUGCUUGAAUCACUUGGCUUGGGCAACAAUCAGGAUGUGCUUGCUAUUUAUAUUGGAGAUGACAGAACAGAUGAAGAUGCCUUUAAGGUACUGCGAGAGCGAGAGCGAGGUUACGGAAUUCUGGUUUCCGCUGUUCCCAAGGAAAGCAAAGCUUUCUUUUCUCUCAAGGAUACUUCACAGGUGAAAGAAUUUCUAGAGUCUCUUGUGAGAAUGAAAGAAGGGAAAACAGCAUUUUAAAGCAUUGAGAGGAGCCCUCACUACUAUAUACUGUCAUAAAGCUGUUGACAUCACUUCUGGCAUAUAGAUAGUCUUUUAAUUUUCUUGCUCAGUGUUUUUAAUCCUGAAAACAUGUCUUUGUUCUUGUUUGAUAGUUCAUGCAUGAAAAAACGUUGGAAUACCAACAUUCCAGGUGAUGUUUUGCAUAUUAUCUAAGAACGGAGGAAUUGAGCUUUUCUUAACAUUGAAACUUACUGGCCGAGUGGCCUUAUUUGUUAGGGUGUGGAACCCGGGUUGGGUUAGGAUCAAGGUGUAGCCUUCGUUCGUCAAUGGCAUAUUUAUUUUGAACAAAUUCUUUGGAUCCAAUCAAUAAGAUUCUCAAUUUUUAGAUCC